UAUAAAUAGUCAUAGUUUAACUUUGCAUCGUUCGAGACUGAAGUAAGAACGAACUAGCAAUCAUAGAAUGAGAUUGAAAUGGACCUAAAUCAAGAGAAUCGAGAAAAUGACCAGCACAAGGACCAAAGAGGCCAACGUCUCCACGUCCUGACGACGAGACAAAGCAGUUUGGAUCUGAUUAAAGAGGAACCGGAAAGAGAAAAGCCGGUCACGGCCCCCGUAGUGGUCGAAAUGGAAGAAGAUUACCUGAAAGUUAAGAAAAAACCACCGCCUGGUAUAAAUGCGUCACUGGUUCUUUGGUAUGCUCUGAUGUUCACUACAUUUUCUAUAGGUUGGGUGUACUUGAACAAAUGUCCACUGAAUUGCAUGAUACCUAUUUAUUUGAUUGUCACAGGGUUUCUGGGAGCGACUGCCAGAUUCUUGAACAAGAUGGAUGAUGUUCGAAUGUAUAAUAUUUCAUUGUUAUUAGUGUGCAUUUACGUUGUUUGGAAUGUUAUAGGAUCUAUUUGGGUCUUCAAAGAAUAUCAACCAGUUUACAUACCAACCGAAUCUCCCUUGUACUGCAAUAGGGUGGUUUACCUAUUUUCGUUCUGGUGGUUGCUUUUACAAUAUACUUCUUUGGGAUUUUUUGUUCUACUUGGACUAUGUUAUAUGAUGAUGAGAAAUGAUUUCAAUAAAUCGAGAAAUUGAGUGAAGUUUUUAUGCCC